AUGAGUGACUUUGACUACUUAAAGCUGCUGGGUAAAGGCACUUUUGGAAAGGUGAUUCUAGUAAGGGAAAAGGCUACUGGCAUGUACUAUGCCAUGAAGAUCCUACGCAAAGAGGUCAUCAUUGCUAAGGACGAGGUUGCACACACAAUCACAGAAAGCAGAGUGUUGCAGAACACACGGCAUCCGUUCCUUACAACACUAAAAUACGCCUUCCAGACACGAGAUCGAUUGUGUUUCGUCAUGGAGUACGCAAAUGGAGGCGAGCUGUUCUUCCACUUGUCUCGAGACCGUGUGUUUACGGAGGAUAGAGCUCGCUUCUAUGGGGCUGAAAUUGUUUCAGCAUUGGAAUAUCUGCACUCUAAAGACGUCGUCUACAGGGACCUAAAGGUUUUCUGUGUUUAAUGUUCUAUGUAAUUAUUGUGAAAAUACUUUGAAUUGUUUUUGAAAAUUGUGUCAUAGACCACAAAGACGUGAAGUCU